AUGCAUCGUGCCGCUGUCAGGGCGUUCCGGACAAGUCACCGCCCCAGCGUGCGAAUCCAAGUGCGGAAUCAAGGACGGCAUCACCCUCACCACGCUCGCCAGUCCAGCACCUCCCAUGUGCCUCUGAGAUCGUCCAUGUACUUCCGUCGUCUGCCCGUCGCGCUGGCCUCUGGUCUGAUCCUCGGAUACGGCGCCUGGCACUACAACGGCGCCGAAUUCGUCCCCGGCAGCGCCGUCACUCGAAGCUUCACCAAUACGCAGGCGGCCGAUGCCGCGCCGACGCGCACUGUCCUGGUUGUCGGAGCCGACGAGCUAAGGCAGGGCACCAUCGUUGGUGAGGGGCCGCUGUACAAGUCGUCGACCGAGGACGGCCGCAGGAUCGUCGAGAUGUUGACGCCCGACCAGGCCACGGCCAAGCUGCGCCGCCAGGAACAGUCCUUUAAUGUCAAUCGCGGCCAGGGCGUCACGCGCUACGACCUCGUCCAGCUAGGGAGCAACGAUCCGAUUGAGGACGACCACGCCGAGAAGAUUGUCUCGGUGCCCACCCGGGUCACCGAGGAGGAAGUUAGCAGCAGCGACUGGAUGUUCUGGGGAGUUUUCGAUGGUCACUCCGGCUGGACGACAUCGGCAACAUUGCGGGAAAGCCUCAUUAGCUACGUGGCUCGAGAAUUAAACAGCACUUACAAGGCCUCUUCCAACGCGGCACCGGCUCCCGAAGCCAUUGAUUCGGCUAUCAAGGCCGGCUUCACCCGCCUCGACAACGAAAUUGUCCAUAAAAGCGUCGAAAAGGUCUUCAAGGCCAGCUCCAAGGCUGUGGCUGCUGAGCUGCUGCAGCCUGCCUUGUCUGGUUCUUGCGCCUUACUAUCCUUCUACGACAGCAGGAGUAAGUUACUACGCGUAGCGUGCACAGGUGACUCUCGUGCCGUCUUGGGCCGUCGAACAAAGUCUGGCAAAUGGAUAGCUACGGCUCUCUCCGAGGACCAGACAGGAGGCAACCCCACUGAAGUUGCUCGCAUGCGCAUGGAGCAUCCCGGUGAAGAGCACGUCAUCCGAAACGGCCGUGUCUUGGGAGGCUUGGAGCCAACUCGUGCCUUUGGUGAUGCUGUCUACAAAUGGAGCCGCGAUGUCGCUGGAAGACUCCGCGAGAACUUCUUUGGUCGAAGCCCCUCUCCCUUACUAAAAACUCCUCCCUACGUCACGGCAGAACCCAUUGUCACAACGACCAAGAUUGAGCCUGAGAACGGCGACUUUGUUGUGCUUGCCACCGAUGGACUGUGGGAGAUGUUGACAAACGAGGAGGUCGUGGGCCUUGUAGGCCAGUGGAUCGAGACGCAGAAGACGGGGAGGCCAAGCUCGCAGUUCGACAAGGCAUGGUCCAAAGUCUUUGGCUCACAGAGCAAGCCGCUCCCCGUGGAACAGGGCAGAGAAGCGGCUGGGUUCGACGGAAAGACACCCAUUCGCCUGCAGCAAUGGGGAAUUGACCCCGACGCAAGAGACCGAUUUGUCGUCAGAGACAAAAACGUUGCCACUCAUCUUGUCCGCAACGCCCUUGGCGGAGCCAACGAUGAGCAGGUCUGUGCUCUCCUAACUUUACCAUCGCCCUUUUCAAGGCGAUAUCGCGACGAUUUGACUGUUCAAGUCAUUUUCUUUGGUCACGGUGACAAGACAAGCGAAAAGACCGGCGAUGUCACAGUCAACUUAGAUGCAACGACAGAUCAAGACCCUAGAGCUAGGCUUUAG